AUGUUGUUGAAGUCGGUUCUGACCUCGGGUCUCCUGGCCCUGUCUAUGGGAGUGGAGAUUGUCGAGGCUGCGAAAUUCGGACGUCUCGGUAAUCUCGUUCGUGCUCCUCUGGAGCGUGCGAAGAGGGUUGUUGAGACGACGCACGCCAAAGCAAUUCGUUCUAAGCAGGACUUCCGCUUCUUGAGCUCCAAGACCAAGAAGUACCUGGUCAACAGCCUGCCCGAUGUCAAUUUCGACCUUGGAGAGAUGUACUCGGGUCUCGUCCCUAUUAAAGAGGGUGAUGAUUCGCGACAGUUGUUCUUCGUCUUCCAGCCCACCAUUGGUGAGCCUGUCGAUGAGGUUACCAUCUGGCUGAAUGGUGGUCCCGGCUGCAGUUCCAUGGAGAGUUUCCUGCAGGAGACUGGCCGUUUCCUCUGGCAACCUGGUACUUUUGCGCCCGUUGAGAACCCCUACUCUUGGGUGAAUCUGACCAAUGUGCUUUGGGUCGAUCAGCCCGUUGGAACCGGUUUCUCUAUUGGCAAACCAACUGCCACCACCCAGGAGGAGACUGCGCAGGACUUCGUUAAGUUCUUCAAGAACUUCCAGAAGACUUUCGGUAUCAAGAACUUCAAGAUCUUCGUGACCGGUGAGAGUUAUGCUGGCCGCUACGUCCCAUACAUCUCGGCCGCCAUGCUAGACGAGAAGAACAAGGAAUACUUUGACUUGCAGGGUGCUUUGGCCUACGACCCUUGCAUUGGUCAAUUUGACUACGUCCAGGAGGAGAUCCCCGCCGUGCCAUUUGUCCAGAAGCACGCGAACAUGUUCAACUUCAACGAAACUUUCAUGACUGAGCUCGAGCACCUACACAAGGAAUGUGGCUAUGCCGACUUCAUCGACAAGUAUCUGACCUUCCCUCCCCCUCACGAGCAGCCGCCUCUGUUCUUCAACUACACAACAGAUGCGAAGUGCGACGUGUUCGACCUCAUCUAUGAUGAAACCUUCAAAGUCAACCCGUGCUGGGAUCUCUACGAGGUUAACUCCGUAUGUCCUUUGCAGUGGGACGUCCUGGCGUUCCCCGGCUCCCUGAACUAUCAAGCGCCCGGAUCGACGGUGUACUUCGACCGUGAGGACGUCAAAAAGGCGAUGCACGCCCCCAACAUUACCUGGUCCGAGUGCUCGAAUGAAGCCGUCUUCGUUGGUGGCAAUGCCGGCCCCGAACAAGAGGGCGACCUCUCCGCCAAUCCCAUUGAGAAGGUCCUCCCUCAAGUCAUCGAAGCCACUAACCGCGUUCUCAUCGGCAACGGUGACUAUGACAUGGUCAUCAUCACCGACGGUACUCUCCUGUCUAUCCAAAACAUGACCUGGAACGGCAAGCUGGGCUUCCAGGAGAAGCCCGAGACCCCCAUCGACAUCGAGAUCCCAGAUCUCAUGUACAAGUGGGUAUUCGACGAUAACGGUUACAACGGUCUCGAUGGCGGCCAGGGUAUCAUGGGUAUCCAGCACUACGAGCGUGGCCUGAUGUGGGUUGAGACGUACAUGUCCGGCCACAUGCAGCCGCAGUACCAGCCGCGUUCUUCAUACCGUCACCUGGAAUGGGUGCUUGGUCGCACCGAUCAUAUCUGA